UGGUCCACCACCUCCGCCAACCAAAGUGCUGGGAUUACGGGCAUGAGCCACCGCACCCAGCCGAUACUACUACUCUCCCCAUUUUACAGAUGAGCAUAUGGGGAAAUUGAGGGUAAGGCACUGACCCGCUAUCAGACAGCCGAGAAGUGGCAGAGGCAGGAUUUGAACCCAGAACCGCUGGCUCCAGACAUUACUAAUCUAAACCACUCUUCCUACAAUACACCAUACAUGGUAAAGAUGUGCGGUGGGCAUGCAGUCAAUGUAAGUCCCUUCACAGUUGCUGGGAGAGGCAGAUACUUGAGGUUCCUCCCCGCAUCCGCCUCUUCCGUUGCCCAGCUGUCCUGGGUCACUCCUGCAGCCCUGCCCUGCCUGGUCUCACCCUCCCUCUGCCAACAAAAGUCUGGGCAGGGCUUUAUGGGCUCCGAUAAGGCUCUGAUGGGGUGAAGUUCAUCAGCACUUCCUGUUUGCAGGGGGGCCUAGGGGAGGGGACCCAGGUGAUUUGGGUCCUGGCUGGUCACCAGGGAAGCCGGCGAGGAAAGAGACAAGGGUGCACUCUAGGAGAAGCCAAGGGCCUGAGAGUCCCAGAAGAGGGGCCCUGUGGAUCCUCCCCCACCAGCCACGCCCUUACCCUGGGUAUAAGAGCCACCCACCACCUGCCAUCUGCCACCAUCUCCCACUCCUGCAGCUCUUCUCACAGGACGAGCCACCAGCCCAGCCUCGAGUGAUGGCCUUUGUCCCUGCACCGGGCUACCAGCCCACCUACAACCCGACGCUGCCCUACUGCAAGCCCAUCCCAGGUGGGCUCAGCGUGGGAAUGUCUGUUUACAUCCAAGGAGUGGCCAGCGACCACAUGAAGCGGUUCUCCGUGAACUUCCUGGUGGGGCAGGACCCAGGCUCAGACAUCGCUUUCCACUUCAACCCGAGGUUUGAUGGCUUGGACAAGGUGGUUUUCAACACGAUGCAGGGCGGGAAGUGGGGCAGCGAGGAGAAGAAGAGGAGCAUGCCCUUCAAAAAAGGUGCUGCCUUCGAGCUGGUCAUCAUGGUCCUGGCCGAGCACUACAAGGUGGUGGUAAAUGGAAAUCCCUUCUAUGAGUACGGGCACCGGCUCCCCCUACAGAUGGUCACCCACCUGCAAGUGGAUGGGGACCUGCAACUUCAAUCAAUCAACUUCAUCGGAGGCCAGCCGCCCCCACCACCCCAGGGACCCCAGAUGAUGCCAGCUUACCCUGGUCCUGGACAUUUCCAUCAACAGCUGAACAGCCUGCCCUCUAUGGAGGGACCCCCAGUCUUCAACCCGCCUGUGCCAUAUUUCCGGAGGCUGCAAGGAGGGCUCACAGCUCGAAGAACUGUCAUCAUCAAGGGCUUUGUGCCCCCCACAGGCAAGAGCUUUACCGUCAACUUCAAGGUGGGCUCCUCAGGGGACAUAGCUCUGCACAUUAAUCCCCGCAUUGGCGACCGUACCGUGGUCCGGAACAGCCUGGUGAAUGGCUCGUGGGGAUCCGAGGAGAGGAACAUCUCCCACAACCCGUUUGGUCCCGGACAGUUCUUUGAUCUGUCCAUUCGCUGUGGCUUGGAUCGCUUCAAGGUUUUCGCCAAUGGUCAGCACCUCUUUGACUUCACCCAUCGCAUCUCAGCCUUCCAGAGGGUGGACACGGUGGAAGUCCUUGGUGAUGUCACCUUGUCUUAUGUCCAGAUCUAAUCUAUUCCUGGGGCUAUAACUCAUGGGAAAACAAAGAUUUCCUAGGACUCCUUUCUAAGCCCCUAAUAAAAUGUCUGAGGGAGUCUAA